GUCGCGCGACGACGCCACCAAGGCACCAACUCCACGUCUCCGCCCCUUCCGGUUAAUUCGCUCCUACGCGCACCCACACCACCACCACGCCAUGGCGUGGGAGUAACGCGCGCCCGCUCCACACCACCGACCCGUGGCAACGUUUCUCAUCUGGCAUCCGGCUGUCACGUUUUCCCGUUCGCUACAGCCCGCAAACUCGGGGUUUCCCCGUCACGCCAGCCGCCCAAGCACAACUGCACAGCAGCGGGGACUCCGCCGGUGUGCGCCGACGCGAGCCGCAUCAACCAGUUACCGCCACCCGCGCGGCAACGGCAGCGGCCGCGGCAGCGAAUCGGGGCCAGGGCAAGGGCCAAUCCAUCCUCACCAACCGCACCACCACCACCACCACCACCACCGCAACCGAACAAAACUCGGGGAGGCCGCAGAAUAAAGGCGAGGAGGCAGUAUACCGGCGCGGCUGGCCUAGUGUAGUGCGCGCUGUACUGUUCCCACGUCGCGUCGAGGCAUCGGUUCGAGCGAGCGCGCGCGCGACGCGGGCGAGGCUCCGGCUCGAUUCCGUCGCCACCCUGUGACAGCAGCAGCCACCGCCCACCGCCGCCGCCGCUUUCUGGAGGCUUCCCGUUGGCUCGUGGUUGCGGGGGGACUCGCGGAGUCGCGGUUGCGAGUUGGCUGCCUGCUACUCUGCUAGUGUGCUAAGCCUGCCUUUUAGUUAGUCUGGGAGCACGCUACUGCUACUUUCCCCAAUCCAAUCCAAUCCAAUCCAAUCCUCGCCGGCGUUGGUUCGCUCGAUCGGCGCGGCGCGGAUGGAGACGCUCAGGAAGCAGGCCAGCAAGCUCAGGGAGCACGUCGCCAAGCAGCAGCAGGCUGUUCGGAAGCAGUUCAGUGCACGCUAUAACCAGGAUCCUUCUCUUGUCGAUGAGGCGGAACUUGAGUGCCACCAGAAUCUUCAGAGGCUAUACAACAGUACAAGAGCUGCUAAACAUUUCCAACGAAGUAUUGUACGAGGUGUCGAGGGUUUCAUUGCUGUCAGCACCAAACAGAUGGAGAUUGUGAAAAAGCUAGCUGAGGAUUGUUGCAGAUAUGGAAACGACAAUCAAAAUUUUGGUUUUAUUCUUGCAAGGGCUUCAGUUGAGUUUGGUAAUUCCCAUAGCCAAAUGGAGAAAGAGCGGGAGAAUCUUCUUAAAUUUCUUGGAGAGCAGGUUUUUGAGCCUCUUCGAGAAAUGAUAAUGAGUGCUCCUCUUGAAGAUGCCCGCCUGUUAACUUACCGUUAUCAACGGAUCAGACAAGAUAUGGAAUCUCAGAUAGCUGAUGUGAUGAGAAAGCAACUGAAGUCCAAGGAGAGUAGCGGUAAUGCAGAUAAUUCUGUGAAACUGCAACAUGCAGAAUCAAAAUUAUCUGAGCUCCGAACUACAUUAUCAGCAUUAGGAAGAGAGGCAACUGCAGCUAUGGAGGCUGUGGAGGUUCAGCAACAACAGGUUACCUUUGACCGUCUCCUUGCAAUGGUUGAUGCUGAGAGAGCUUAUCAUCAGAAUGCUGCUGAUAUUCUGAACAAACUUCACGACGAGAUGGUCCAAGCAAAACACCAUGAUGAGCCGGAAAACCAUUAUGAUGAGACAUCAUCAGAUCCUAAAACAGCUGCAACACAUGAGCAUUCACGUAGCACAUCCGAAGAUCACAUAUUUACUAAUACUAGUGAACCUACAAGGACUGAAACCAGUGAACCUACAAGGACUGAAACUAGUGAACCUACAAGGAAUGGUCAGGAAGUGCAUUAUGUUGGAGAGGUAAUCCAUCCAUUCGAUGCUCAGGCUGAUGGCGAGCUCAGUAUUUCCGUGGGAGAUUAUGUUGUGGUCCGGCAGGUGGCUCCCAAUGGGUGGUCUGAAGGGGAAUGCAAAGGAAAAGCUGGCUGGUUCCCAUCUGCCUAUGUGGAGCAGAGGGACAAAGCCCCGGCAAGUAAGGUGAUAGAGCCUGGAUUGCUGACUACUUAAUCUCUCUCAUACUAAUAGUUGCUUUCAUCGCCCUGUUUCCCCUGUACAUGGGGUUUUUCUUGAGUGAAUAGCAUUUUGUAGAACUUCUACCUUUCUGUGCAUAUUCAUGUGCUUCUAGGCUUGCUGUUACCCAAUAAUUGUAUGUAAAAUUUAUUGUUUUGCCUUUAGCAUCUCGUUUUCUCUUUCUUUCACAAUGUAUAGAGCUAUUGGUCCUGGGAUGCUGUAACCUUCCCUUUCUUUUGUGGAAAGCGUGCUUCCUGCCAAAAUUGUGAGAUGGAUUUCAGAACAGUCUCACUGGCCUUGUUCCUUCA